UCAGAGGAAGAAAAUAGAGAAUGGUCAAAGUAAAAUAAAAAUGGAGGAAAUGAAAUUGGGACGCGUGCUUCUCCCACAACAUAGACACAACCCCGCGUACGCCGCAGCCUUUUCACCAAAUUUUCAACAAAUCAUUUCCCUUAUUUGCAAAUAUAGUUUUCUUUGAAUUACAAUUUACAAUUUUACAAGGCAAAGAAGCCUGCCUCGGAUCGUGUUCUUAGAUUCUAUUCUGAGAGAGAUUUUUGCAUUCUUCCAAUGGCCCAGUCCUUCGGUCAGACCGAGAUUAACUGGGACAAGCUAGAUAAAACUAGGUUCUAUGUCGUAGGAGCUGGACUCUUUACAGGUGUCUCGGUGGCACUUUACCCCAUUUCGGUUGUGAAAACUAGGCUGCAGGUUGCCACAAAAGAUGCCGUAGAGAGAAGUGUGUUUUCUGUUGUAAAAGGACUACUUAAAACAGAUGGCGUCCCUGGUCUGUAUAGAGGGUUUGGCACAGUUAUCACUGGUGCUAUUCCUGCCAGAAUAAUUUUCCUCUCCACUCUAGAGACCACAAAGGUGGCUGCUUUCAGAAUGCUUGAACCGUUUCGACUAUCUGAAACUACCCAAGCUGCCAUUGCAAAUGGAGUUGCAGGCAUGACAUCAUCGAUUUUUGCUCAAUCUGUGUUUGUACCAAUUGAUGUGGUUAGCCAAAAGUUGAUGGUGCAAGGAUACUCAGGCCAUGCCCAGUACAGCGGGGGUUUGGAUGUUGCUCGCAAGGUUUUAAGAUCUGAUGGCAUACGGGGAUUGUAUAGAGGGUUUGGUCUGUCUGUUAUGACUUAUUCACCUUCUAGUGCAGUAUGGUGGGCAAGUUAUGGUUCAAGCCAACGGGUCAUUUGGAGGUUCCUGGGUCAUGAUACCAAAUAUGAUGAACACACUCCUAGUCUGCAGAAAAUAAUGUUGGUUCAGGCUAUGGGAGGGAUUAUUGCUGGUGCAUCUUCAUCCUGCAUAACAACCCCAUUGGAUACUAUCAAGACACGAUUACAGGUAAUGGGUCAUGAAAACAAAACCUCUAUAAAACAAGUUGCUAAAGAUUUAAUCAACGAAGAUGGUUGGAAAGGCUUUUAUAGAGGGUUUGGCCCAAGAUUCUUUAGCAUGUCAGCGUGGGGCACUUCAAUGAUAUUGACUUAUGAGUAUCUGAAACGCGUAUGCGCAAAAGAUGAAUAGAUGCAGUUUAUCUGAAAGCUUGUAUUUUACUGAUUGAUUAACCAAGAUUAGGAUGAUGAUGUUGGCUAAGCACACAAUAGCUUAAUAACCCUGCACGGCUACUUCUUCAGCAUUGGAGUGACUGCUCAACAUUUAUCAGUCUGACUCGAGAGUUAAACUUUUGCAGUAAACCUAUGCUAACGAUUACUCAUCAAACACCUGCUGGCUAUAAAUAUAGAAAAAUUCCCAGUAGACAAUGAAUUGUAUCAUUCUUUUUAUUAGUUAUAUUGGAUUUGGGGUAUUUUUUACAGUAUUGGCUUGGGUACUGUAUUAUGGAAGGGAAGGAAAUAGAUUGCAAUUAGAUGUAUUGUAAAGAAAUGUGAAAUAAAUUUGAACUAUUAAAUCUUA